CUAUGGCGUAGAGUAAUAUUAUAUAAUUACUCUAUGGUUACGCUAUUACUCCGUUGAUAACGAUCUCGUUUCCAGCCUGUAUAACACGAUUUAGAUACAAUCUUAAAUCGUGCUGUAUAAUCAUAGAAUAUUCUAUGGUAUAAUAUUAUCCGUGAAUGGCACCGUUUUAUCCUUGUGAAGUUGUGACUUGUCACAACGUGCUCGUAACUCGUGAAUCGUGAUUCGUGAAUCUUGAAUAUUCAUUGAGAUUUCAGCUACGUAUCUUUUCAUUCGUAGUGUCUUGACGAAUUUUCUUAUUGUUUUAUUAUUUUAGUAUACCUGUGUCUCUAAUAUUGAAAUUCAUCAGAUAUAACAUUAUAAUAUUACGAUUUUGAAUUAAAGUUUUUUCAGACUUGAAUGUUUGAAAUGUUAGGUUCUGGGUCAGGUGAAUUUUCUGGUAAGGCCAGGAAUACGUCAGAAUCUGGUAAGCCCACAGCACUUGCAGUGUUGAGUCAAUCAGAGACAUCACUAUUUAAUCAGACCACACAGCCUACUACGGGAAUUUUUGGAUCUACUGCUGUUGCGCCUGUAUUUGGUGUAAGUUUCCAGACACCUACCGCUCAUCCAAAAUUUGAAGGUUUCAGUACAGAUGGAACUUGUUCAUCGUUUGGAACUCCAACAAAAACAUCAACAUCUAAUGGAGGGUUAUUUGGCCGACGAAAUGCGUCAAUGGGUGAAAUAACAGGAGGUGGAUGUUUUGAUUCUAGUAAUUCUAAAACUUCAUUUCCACAAUCAAAACCAGUUGAAACACCAUUGGCCCAGUCAACUAGUAAUAUAUUUGCUGCACCUCAAACAAGCACUGCAGGCAACGCAAUAUUUGGCACAUCUACUACUGAUGGAACUUGUUUAUCGUUUGGAACUCCAACAAAAACAUCAAGAUCUAAUGAAGGGUUAUUUGGCCAACAAAAUGCUUCAAUAGGUGAAAAAAAAGGAGGUGGAUGUUUUGAUUCUAGUAAUUCUAAAACUUCAUUUCAACAAUCAAAACUAGUUGAAACACCAUUGGCCCAGUCACCUAGUAAUAUAUUUGCUGCACCUCAAACAAGCACUGCAAGCACCGGAAUAUUUGACACAUCUACUACUGUGUUGGGACAAACAAAAACAUCACUAUGUAAUCAGACUACACAGCCAAUUUGGGGAAUUUUUGGAUCUAUUGCUGUUGCGCCUGUAUUUGGAACAAGUUGCCAGACAACUAACGUCCAUCCAAAAUUUAAAGGUUUCAGUGCGGAUGGAACUUGUUCAUCAUUUGGAACUCCUACAGUAACAUCAACAUCUAAUGGAGGGUUAUUCGGCCGUCAAAAUGCUUCAAUGGGUGAAAAAAAAGGAGGUGGAUGUUUGUAUUCUAGUAAUUCUAAAACUUCAUUUCCACAAUCAAAACCAGUUGAAACACCAUUGGCUCAGUCAACUAGUAAUAUAUUUGCUGCACCUCAAACAAGCACUGCAAGCACCGGAAUAUUUGACACAUCUACUACUGUGUUGGGUCAAACAAAAACAUCACUAUGUAAUCAGACUACACAGCCUACUACGGGAAUUUUUGGAUCUACUAAUUUUGCGCCUGUAUUUGGAACAAGUUGCCAGACAACUAACGCCCAUCCAAUAUUUGAAGGUUUCAAUGCAGAUGGAACUUGUUCAUUGAUUGGAACUCCUACGUCAUCAUCUCAUGAAGGGUUAUUUGACCAACAAAAUGCUUCAAUGGGUAAAAAAACAGGAGGUGGAUGUUUUGAUUUUAGAAAUUCUAAAACUUCAUUUCGACAAUCAAAACCAGUUGAAACACCAUUGGCCCAGUCAACUAGUAAUAUAUUUACUGCUCCUCGAACAAGCACUGCAAGCACUGGAAUAUUUGGCACAUCCACUACUGUGUUGGGACAAACAAAAACAUCACUAUGUAAUCAGACUACACAGCCAAUUUGGGGAAUUUUUGGAUCUAUUGCUGUUGCGCCUGUAUUUGGAACAAGUUGCCAGACAACUAACGUCCAUCCAAAAUUUAAAGGUUUCAGUGCGGAUGGAACUUGUUCAUCAUUUGGAACUCCUACAGUAACAUCAACAUCUAAUGGAGGGUUAUUCGGCCGUCAAAAUGCUUCAAUGGGUGAAAAAAAAGGAGGUGGAUGUUUGUAUUCUAGUAAUUCUAAAACUUCAUUUCCACAAUCAAAACCAGUUGAAACGCCAUUAGCACAGCCAACUAGUAAUAUAUUUGCUGCACCUCAAACAAGCACUGCAGGCAACGCAAUAUUUGACACAUCUACUACUGGUUUCAAUGCAGAUGGAACUUCUUCAUUGCAUGGAACUCCUACAGCAACAUCAACAUCUAAUGGAGGAUUAUUUGGCCAAGAAAAUGCUUCAAUGGGAGGAAAGGCAGGAGGUGUAUGUCUUGGUUCUAGUAAUUCUAAUACUUCAUUUCGACAAUCAAAACCAUCUGGAACACCAUUGGCCCAGUCAACUAAUAAUAUAUUUGCUGCACCUCAAACAAGCACUGCAGGCGCUGAAAUAUUUGGCACAUCUACUACUGGUCAUGCUGCAUCAGGAUUUGGAGCAACAUCUGAUGGUGGUACAACCAUAAAAUUUAAUCCUGUGACAGGUACUGAUACAUGUGUCAUUAAUGGUGUAAUUCAUUCAAUGAAUACUAGUUAUCAAUCAAUAACUGUUAUGAAAGAAUAUGAAACAAAAGCUUUUGAGGAAUUGAGAUUUGAAUAUUAUUUUGCAAACCGCAAAGUUGGACAACAGGGUGCUGUUUAUGGCGGAAUUUUUGAAAGCCCUAAAACUUUGUUUAGUUCUACGACAACUUUAAAUACAGGUUUAUUCGGAGUGAAUGAUAAUAACCUACUUUAUGGUACAACUUCAACAACACCUAUACUACUCGGAGACUUCUACGUAGACGUUAUAACAAAAGUUCAACUAUUUGCUGCUCCUCAGACAAAUAUAUUUGGAACUACUGCCUCUUCGACUUUUGUUACCCAAACUUCAGGAUUUGGCCAAGAUGGAUUCGGGCAACCCAAUCAGAACAACCUAUUUGGUAAAAAUAAAUCAGCAUUCGGUCUUGGAUCAACACAAUCAACAGGUUUUGGUUUUGGAACUAAUAUAUUUACUAGUUCACGUGGUCUUUUUGGAAGUAAACCUAAUUCUGGUUUUCAAAUGACUUCUUCAGCUUUUGGCACAGAUAAUACUUUUGGAGCCACAUCAACAGCUCAACCAGCUACUGGUGGAUUAUUUGGUUCUAAAGCUUUUACUGAGGCACCAGCUAUAUCAUUAUUUAACCAAACAACAAAUAAUAUAACAGGUGUAUUUAAUGCUACAAGUUCAGGAGGGAAAUGGAAAGAGAACACAAGGAAUGAAGGAACUGGACUUUUUGGACUAUCUCAUCGUAGUAGUGUUGGUACAGGUGGAUCAUUUUUUGGUAGUAACAAACAAACUGGUAAAUUAGGACUUUUUGGAAAGUAAUUAAAUUUGAAUAAAACUUAAAAUUUAAUAUAUAA